AUGCAGGAGGUCGACCUCCGGGUUGACUGCGCCGCCGGGUGCGGCAUCGCCGAGAUCAUUCCGCGCCGAGGUCGCCCUGCAGCGCGAGACAGGGAAGAACGGGGCAGCGACAGCGCGGCCACGGCGCCGACGCGUGGUCAGUCGGGACUGGGCAGCAAGUCGGUUCCGCUCCAGAUGCGGGAGGUCGACCUCCACGUCGACUGCGCCGCCGGGCGCACCACCGCCGAGGUCUCCAUGCUGCGGCGCCGGCGUGGGAUUUGGAGCGGAGGACUGAUUGUGGAGCCAGACGUGGGGGAACAAGGGAGGGAGACCGGGGAAACCGCGUGCACCCCCGGCGGCGAGAUUAGGGCUGUCUCGCGUGCGGAAAGUUUUGUUUCGCAUGAAGGGAGCGGGGGCGAGCGAUAUUUGUUUCAUCCUGGAAGAGGAGGAGGUGGAAGAGGAGGAGGAAGAGGAGGAGGAGAAGAAGACCUACCUCGACGGAUCCGCCAUGGCCGGCGAGCUCGCACGCGGGCGCAGGUUGAGGUUGCUGAUUUGGAUCCCGAUCCCCACGUCGCGGACGCGCAGGCACUUCUCGAGGUUGCUCUCUGCAUCUUCCACGUCCCGACGCCGCCAUCGCAGUCGCGGUCCAGGCGGGCACCUGGUUUCUUGGCGUCGCUUGGUCGAACGAUGAAGUAG